UCUUUCCAGGUGAGACUCAGAUGGAUCCAGGAAACAGCUGAGUGUGACGAACACAAACCCUUUAGUGUUGGACGUCCACAGCCGAAUGGAUCAGAGUGAGGACAGAGAGGAGGGAGCCCCUCCCUGGAAGACCACCCACAGACCCCCCACAGGACCUGGACCUGGACCUGGACCUGGACCUGGACCUGGACCUGGACCUGGACCCGAACCUGGACCUGGACCCAGCUGUGUGUCCAUGAAGAGUGAUGACUCCAUGGAUCGAUACAUAGAGUUUAAACCAGGCCGUGUUCCACAGACUGAAGCGGAGCAGCAGAGCUCAGAGGUUCCCAGUGAUCCACAGCAUCCGACUCAGCCGGACUCCACAUGUGAGGAAACACAGAUGGCAGCACUUGAAGAAAGUCUGUUGAAAAUUCUGGAGGAUUUGAUCGAUGACGAGUUUAAAAAGUUCAAGUUUCACUUGGGAAAUGAAAAACCACGAAUCCCAGUGAGUAAACUGGAGAACGCAGACCGGAUAGACACAGUACGUCUGACGGUCCAGACCCACUACACAAAUACUCAGAAAGUCACCUUAAGGGUUCUGGAGAAGAUGGGCAGGACUGAUCUGGUGCAGAAACUUCCAGAAGGCAUCCUACGAUCUAAAGAGAGCAUUGACUGGUGUCGGCGAAAACUGAAGGAUAAGCUGAAGGAGAAGUUUGACAGCCAAUCAGAUCCCUGA